UCCUCGCCCAACUUCAACCCUACCUAACCGUCUGGCGCACUUUGUUGAGGUUUCCCCAUACAUGCCUCUCGCCAGCGCGACCUACUAAACUAACUAAUCGUCAUGACCUCGCUGGAGCUCACUCCCCGACUUAAAAAGCGUCAGCUGAGGGACGGAGACUGGGAGCCCUUGAAAGACCUGGUGUAUACCAUGUACAUCGUCAAUGGCAUGGAGCUUGACGAGGUACUUGUCGAGCUACAGCGUCAAGGUCUUGAUGUAAACAAAGGAAACCUCGAAUCAAAGCUCAGGAACUGGGGCAUCCGUAAGAAGCUUCAGCCCAACAUCUGGCGCUACGUGGACCGUGUUAUCCGCGACCGGAAGACUUCCUUCAUGCGAAAUACGGUUGUCAUCCUCUCCGGCCGACGUAUCCCCAAAGAGAAGAUCAAAAGCGAGAUCACCCGCCACAACCCUCCCACAUGGAGCCGUUUGAUUCCCUCUCCUCCACCCGAAAACAUCCCAUUGUACCUCUGCACUCCGCGAGGCUCCUCGACGAGCUUGGUGACGAGCACGCCCGACGCAGUCCAGUACGGCUAUCCCAAGGGUCUCCCUUGGUUUCAGUUCCUCGAGUGCGACUUCGGAGUUGUUCUAAGAGCCAUGGAAUUCCUGCCCAAGCUGCGGAAGACAGCUACUAGCCCCCUCCCCGAGCCCGAGGCUAUUCGACAGUUGCUGCAGAUCGUGCAACGGUCCGAUGUCGUGGUUCUAUCGAACACUGAAAAGUCAAGACUUCUUCCGCCAAUCUUCGAACAAAUCGUUCGGCGAUGCCUAGGCAUUACCAUCAGAUCUGAACAUAUGGCUAUGCAGCUCCUCGCCCGGAAGAGCGUCGACCGGUUGGCCGCACAAUUCGACAUGGUUCUGCCGCAAGCAUAUCCCGACGAGAAUCUCCGCAGAGCAACCACAUUAGCAGGUGGCAGCGCAGCUGACAUUCAGGUGGAAUUGCUCAAGAUCUUGCUGUUCCUCGUGUCGAACCGUCUGAUCCUCAACAAGUACAAUCAACUGGGAGGCCGCGACGAGCUCCCCGAGCUCGUCGAGCUCGACGACGCUCGACAACUUAUCGCUCUCUGCCAAUUUUCGGGCCUUUCGCGACUUCACACACUUCGAAAGCUAGUCAGCCGCUCUCAUAGAAGCCUAACGAUGACGGCCAUUAUCGACGCCUUGUUUAGGGCGGCUAUCUUGACCGGAGCCGCCGGUUUUGUUCGCAACUUGCUGAAGGCAGAUUGUCGACUUCGACCAGACAAAAUGACCGACUUUCACGUGUUCUAUGAUAGGAUUGGCAGGGACGGCUGUCCGCGGGAUGGAACAGGACUCGAAUUUGCCCUCGCAAAACACGACGAGAGUCUCGUCAAGGUUUUGGUUGAUGCCGGAGCCGAACUCCCUUCUUCCGGGCCUCGCGGUUGGUCGCUGCUGGCUAUGGUUAUUUACGAUGACUUCCCGAGCACCUUGAUCCAGAUGCUACGCCAAAGGGGUGCCGGUAUUAACCAAUUCCCUAUUAACGAACACAGGCUUGAGCCUGUGCAUGCCGCUUUCAUGACAGGUAACCUCCAUCUGAUCGAAGGACUAGUGGCGGAGGGCGCGGAUCUCAAUCGCCGAUAUCGAGGCCUUUUGUUGACUUCGAACGGAGCUAUUUUUGAGCAUCCCUUUGCAUCGAGCGAUUACUUCCAUGUCCUGGGACACGUCGACGACAUGGGCUGUCUCGGUUUUGCCGCUUCGUUCCACAGCGCGACCAUGACUACCGAAUCCGAAAGACCAGGCCAUCUGUGGGACAGUUUCGCCAAAGACCAAGACAAGGCAUUGGAACUAUGCAGGAUGGUACACAGCAAAUACCGUUUGCAGAUGGACUUGUCGGACGACCGGAUGACAGCCGACGCCAUGAUUUUUGCAUCGGCGCGCGGAUACAUCAAAGUCAUCGCGUUUCUUUACAACGAAUUCUCCGCCAGCGUCAACGUCCCCAGCGGUUAUUUGUCUCCUCUCUAUGCGGCAGUAGGGUGGAAACAGGUCGAGGCUGCCCGACUUCUUCUCAGACUCGGAGCAUAUCCUUGUCCCCCCAUGGCUUGCACUAUUGCUACUCCCUACAUUCACUAUGACGGCACGGGUAUGGCUGAGUGCCCAGCGCCGUCUCUUUUACAGCUCGCUACUGCACAGGGCUCUUGUGAACUCGUGGAACUCCUGAUAGAACAUGAAGGUGGCGCUGACGUUAACGAGGAACGAGAAAUUGCGUUGAAAGGCAACAAGCUCCAUUGGCCACCACGAGACAAGCCAUCAAGACUGAACUACGCGGACAUCAGACACAGUGGAGUCAGCGUCACCAGGGCCCGGCUGCAGCCCUUCCAGUUGGCAGUGCUUUCAAAGGAAUGGGAUGUUGGGCUUACGCUUUUACGUCACGGAGCAACCGCAACAGCCAACGAUUUGUUUGAUGUAGCGGUUGAAGGACAGUUGGUGUUGGUUGAACGGCUCCUGGACAUGGGAAUUGACCCGUCCAAGUCUGUCAAAAGUGGUAUCACUGCCUACGAGGCCGCACUGUCCAACGGCCACGGAGUUGUUGCCGCGCGUCUUGCGACUGCGGGGGGCGGUGGUCCAAUCGGAGAUUUCGCAUCACUAUUCAGAAUCCCGGACGUCGGAUACAUCAAGGCCCGUGUCCCACUGGGCCUUCUUAGAGAGCCGUGGAAGAUCUGCCGGGAUAGAGAUCGGAGAUCUUAUCUUGAGAACGCAAUUCUAAGCCGUGAUAAGGAGGUCAUCAUGAUGGCGCUCGGUCUGGACGCGGCGGUUUACGAUUCGGCGGCUUUAUGCGCCGAGGCGUUAUCCCUGAUGGAAUCAGGCCAGGAGACUGCAUCGCCACUUCUUAUGGAGUUACUACGAAGACGCAACCUGGAUCCCGACGGCAUCCAUGUGAACCCAGCCCUCGAGAAUUACGCAGUGUCCAUCGCUGCUUGGCACGCGUGUUCAAACAUUCUUGUCGCUCUCCUAACGUUCCCGCCCCUAGGCCUCACACAGUCCCUGGCCACCUUGACACACCCGAGGGUUAAGCUCCGACAGAGCAUGCUUAAUUCGAAAACGUCCCCAACCGGAUACGACCAGUGGUCGCACGAAGGCCCACGAUUGAACAGCUCGAAUAACUGGCAUUUGUCACCGUUUCCAACGGUUUCACCGCUCCUGUUUGCAGUCGGAGGAAAGGCCAGCGAACAAGUGACGGAGAUGUUACUCGAGGCAGGAUACAAGCCGGACGGCUUCACUUUGCGUGCUGCUAUCCUCCGAAACCUAUCAUUUCGUCUCAUCGAGAGGAUGCUCGAGAGUUGUGACGACGUUGACACGAAGUGUGCUAUCGUGUCUUGGGAUCUUCCUGAAGUACAAACACCGCUCUUCGCCGCCGUGCGCGUAGGACGAGCCGACAUCGUCAAGGCCUUGCUUGCUCGCCAUGCCGACAUAAACGCUAUACAUGGAAAGGCUCGGUACACCGUCCUCCACUAUGCCAUCUGUGGUCAGAGGCUGCCCAUCGUGGACUUGCUCCUCGAUGCAGGCGCAGAGGUCAACGAUCCGGCGCGGUCGAGGGCAAAUGGCUUCGAAAUCACCGCACUACAAGCGGCCGCUGGUAGAGGGCUCAUCGGCUUGGUACAGCGCCUCAUCACUUGUGGUGCCAACCUCAAUGCCCGAAGACCCUACCCCAGCGGCUGUACAGCUCUCGAAGAAGCGGCGACACGGGGCCGCCUCGAUACGGUUCACCUUCUCUUGGGAGCCGGGACCGACACGGAAGGUUACGGCCGCGUUCAGUUUGUGUGUGCCACCGCCCUUGCAUCUAGCAGUGGAUAUAGCGCGGUCGUGGAGCUCCUCAAGUCGCAUCGUGAAUGGACCGAAGACGAUUUCACAAUUUGGAACCAGCUUUAUCCGGGCACAAGGUGGAUGAUGGACCCCGAUCGCUAUCUGCGUUUUGUCCACCCGCUAGAGCUCUCCCCUGGAGAACUUGUGGUCGAGUUGGCGGAGACUCCGACUUACGCGACUUACCCGGCUGGUAUUUGGGAAGUCAAGUGCUAUGCUACGAUGCCACGAGUAUGUGACCAGAUGGUAGCCCGUCUGGCCAAGGAGCGUGCCACGGAAGUCGCCCAGAUGAGCCAUGAUACGACAAUGGCCGUAACUGAAGAGGCCGCUCGGUUUGCAAUGCAAGCUAUUCGGAAGUGGUCGGAGCAAUCAAGCAUACCGCUACCGUGUUGGAGCCUAUGGAACCUUGAACAUGGCGCGGCGCAGCGCCCUGUGGAGGCCUGCAAUGUCUGCGGACUAGAGGUUUGGUACUAUUUUCCUUGCAGUCUACAGUCUCGCGCAGAGGAGGUCGCGGAGGUGGUAGCUCAAGCUCUGAGCCAGUGGUUGCCUUGUUCCAGUUGGCUUGACCAGACGAGCAACAAUGGCGGCGACGUGUCGGAAGACCUCGGCAUAUCGCCCCCAAUCGACACGGAAGCUUUUCAAGAGAGUCCAGAAGAGUACCCGACUUUUGGGUUCGAUGAGUGGGACGACAUGACCAUCGACGAUAUUACCACCGACCACCACACCAUCGACCACCACACCAUCGACCACGGUCCCCCAGCCUCGUACGACAAUACCCCAAUGCCAAACAGCUGCGACGAUGGCUUUCCCGGCGACGGUGGGGACGACUUCGAGGAAGAAUGGAGGAUUAUACUCGCGGAAAAUGGGAUAAAUCAGGAACCAGGUUCUGCUCCUAUGGACUGCGGGCGGUAGCCAUUUGUCGGGCUAUAUAGGUGACGAUCAGGAAAUUGAACUGAGAGUUUGCUUGUCAGGCCGUUCCUGCGAGACACAGGACGCCAGUUGCUGCUGCUUGCUCUCUAUAAUCAUUUACGUAGUUGAACCAUGAUGCGGUCUUCGCACA